CAAAACCAACACACCAGAUGUUGAACUACUACAGACUUACCUUUUAUUUUAUAUCCCGGGAACCUUGGACUUAUCGGACUUAUCAUGAGACAUUGUUGGACUUUCGACAAAACUUGUUAAUGUGUAUUGGAGAUUGUUGUGGAUAUUUUUCUGCAGAGAGGAAUGUGGGCUGUGUAUGUAACCAGCGAUGACGUCCCAGUCGCUGCCACAGGAAGGGGAGAUAUUGCUGGACAACGUUCAAAAAGGAAGAACCCCGAGCCAGACAACAACAGAAAUCAACAAAGUUGGCCUGCAUGCCAGGGGCCAAUGGGCCAGCAAGGCUGAGUUCCUUCUGGCCGUGGCAGGCCAGAUCAUUGGCUUGGGCAACGUAUGGAGGUUCCCUUACUUGUGCUACAAGAAUGGAGGAGGGGUGUUCUUUGUACCUUACCUUUUGUUCCUGGUGCUGUGCGGUGUUCCCCUGUUCCUCCUGGAGACUUCGUUGGGCCAGUACACAAGCCUAGGCGGGGUCAGCGCCUGGAGAACCAUGUGCCCAAUAUUUGGAGGUCUAGGUUAUGCCAGCCAGAUCAUGAUCCUGCAUGGAUGUGUGUACUACAUUGUCAUACUGGCUUGGGCUCUGCUCUAUCUGUCCUACAGUUUUCAGACUGCACUGCCCUGGUCACACUGUAACAACUCUUGGAACACUGAUGCUUGUUUCAUGUUUGAUCACCACAACCAGACAUCCAAUGUGAGCAGCCUGCCUGACAACGUCACUUCCCCUAUUAUGGAGUUUUGGGAGCGAGAAGUGCUUCACCUCUCUGAUAGUUUAGACGAGCUUGGUCCGAUAAGCUGGAAAUUGGCAUUGUGUCUUGCGCUUGUGUGGCUCGUCUGUUAUUUCUGCGUGUGGAAGGGCAUUAAAUCCACAGGAAAGGUGGUGUAUUUCACCGCUACCUUUCCAUAUGUUAUGCUCUUUGUGCUGCUGGUGCGUGGUGCCACUCUACCCGGAGCAGCCCAGGGAAUCAUCUACUACCUCAAACCGAACCACACUCGCUUGGCUGACCCUCAGGUAUGGAUGGAUGCAGGUACCCAGAUAUUUUUCUCUUAUGGAAUCUGUUUGGGGAGUCUCACAGCCCUUGGCAGUUACAACAAAUACAACAACAAUUGUUACAAGGACUCGUUCCAUCUGUGCCUCUUGAACAGUGCCACCAGUUUCCUGGCAGGGUUCGCCAUCUUCUCAGUGCUUGGCUUCAUGGCGGAGGAGCAAGGAGUGGACAUCGCCACUGUGGCUCAGUCAGGGCCCGGCCUGGCCUUCAUCGCUUUCCCCAGAGCUGUAGCCAUGAUGCCUCUUCCCCAACUUUGGGCCAUCUGUUUCUUCCUUAUGAUCAUCAUGCUGGGGCUGGACACACAGUUUGUGAGUCUGGAGGCACUGAUGACAUCUGUGACCGACUUGUACCCCCAUCUGAUCAGACGCGGCUACCGCAGAGAGUUGCUGCUGCUCUUUAUCUGCCUCGUAUGCUUCUUGAUCGGGCUGAUUAUGGUGACGCCGGGUGGUCUGUAUGUGUUCCAGAUAUAUGAUCAUUUCUCCUGCAGUGGAGCCAGCCUACUGCUUCUCUCCAUCUUCCAGUCUAUUGCAAUUGGCUGGAUCUACGGUGCCGAGCGCUUUUGUUCAAACAUCAAGGACAUGACCGGCCACAAGCCCCUGCUUCUCUUCAAGCUGUGCUGGAAAUACUUGACGCCAGCCGUGUGCACUGCGACCUUCCUGUUCUCUUUGGUCUGUUGGUCUCCGUUGAGCUUGGGGAAAGGCUUGGUGGCCCCAGAUUGGGCAACAGCACUCGGCUGGCUCCUCACCCUGUCCUCCGUGUCUCUGCUCCCCAUCUGGGCCAUCUACGCACUCGCCAUUAUGCCUGGCACCCUCACACAGCGCUUCCACAGGCUGUGCAAACCCACCACAAACUCGCAGCAACACAUCGUUGAGGAUCACGUGGCUUAGCAGCGGUUCCUGAUGCACUGAAGCCAUGCAGAUAUGAUUAAAGAGAGUGCGGUCUGGCGAUUGAUUAGUUGAGAAUCAACAAUGAAACUUCUUCAAAGCCGUUUGCUUUUCUUGUUAGGGGGGAAUGGAAGAAUGUUAGCACAUAUGUUAUUUUCCCGAAUGGGUAAGACUCUUGCACAGGUAUGAC